AUGAACGGUGGUUCUUGUUCGUCUUCAAUGGAGGUGGAUUAUGAUCAUCAUCAUCAUCAUGGUCAUGAAGAGCUUCAUGUUCUAGCUGUAGAUGAUAAUCUUAUUGACCGUAAACUCGUAGAGAAAUUGCUCAAGAUCUCUUCUUGCAAAGUGACAACAGCAGAGAAUGCGAUUAGAGCAUUGGAGUAUUUGGGUUUAGGAGAUCAAAAUCAGCAUAUGGAUUCAUUAACCAAUAACGUUAUGAAGGUGAAUCUAAUCAUCACAGAUUACUGUAUGCCAGGAAUGACUGGUUUCGAGCUUCUCAAGAAAGUGAAGGAGUCAUCAAAUCUGAAAGAGGUUCCUGUUGUGAUAAUGUCUUCAGAAAACAUUCCUACUCGCAUAAACAAAUGUCUAGCGAGUGGAGCUCAAAUGUUUAUGCAGAAGCCUCUGAAACUAGCAGAUGUUGAGAAACUUAAAUCUCAUCUCAUGAACUGCAGAAGCUGA